CAGAAGGCAGCAGAGAUCGCGGUUAAGCUACAACAAGCCGUAGAACUAGCCCAAGCAGGCAUAGCAGUUGCUCAACAAGAACAAGAGAGACAGGCGAACAAGACUCGGAGAGAAGCGCAGAGCUACCGAGUAGGCGACAAGGUAUGGCUGAAGCUCGAUCAGCAGUACAGCACAGGGCGAAGCUCUAAGAAGCUCGACUGGAAGAACGCUAAGUACACAGUGGUUAAGGUAAUCGAUAGCCACUCAGUCCAACUAGACACGCCCCCAGGCCCACACCCUGUUUUCCAUGUCGAUAGGUUGAAACUUGCUAGCAACGAUCCGCUCCCAAACCAGGUUCAGGACGACUAUCAGCCACAGCCGCUGCAGGUAGAUGGAGAAGAUGAAUGGGAAGUAGAAGAAAUUGUAGCAGAGGAGGUACGCCGUCGUGGGAGAGGGCAUAAGCUAUACUACGAGGUGAAGUGGAAAGGUUUCCACCGAACGACGCUCGAACCAGCAGAACUACUAGAGGACGUUGAGGCAGUGGACCGAUGG